AUGGGAUUUAAAGUCAUCAUCGUGGGCGGCAGCGUCGCUGGCCUAUCCGUCGCCAAUAUGCUGGAGCAGUUCGACAUAGACUAUGUUCUUCUCGAAGCCUAUCCGCAGAUAGCCCCCCAAGUCGGUGCCAGCAUCGGUAUCCUACCCAACGGCUUCCGCAUCCUCGAUCAACUUGGAUGUUUUGAGCCCAUCCUCGACAUUGCUGGGGAUUGUCGCUACACCAUUGGCGGCAUGCAUGGGCCUGAUGGUCUUCCACUUGUCGCUACUUCACCAACGAGCCUCUCAGUUCACUUUGAGAAACGGGUCGGCUAUCCCUCCAUUUUCAUCGAUCGACAGAUGUUGUUGCAGGUCCUGUACAGAAGCCUGAAACACAAAGAUCGAGUGUUGACCAAGAAGCGGGUUUCUCGGGUUGAAUUGGUCGACGGUGGAGUCCAGGCUUAUACCCAAGACGGGUCCGUGUACGAGGGCGACAUUGUCGUGGGAGCAGACGGCAUCCACAGCGCAGUAAGAGACGAAAUGUGGCGCCUCGGAAAGGAGCAGAGUCCGGGAUACUUCCCCGAGGACGAAAACUCUCGAGUUCCAGUCUCGACUAGGUGUAUCUUUGGAAUUUCGAAACGGCCCUCUGAGCUAGGUAGCCGAAGCCAGCAGAUGGUGAUCGGCGAGGGCCAUGCAUAUCUCAUUAUAGCAGCUCCAGGAGACCGAACGUAUUGGUUCCUCUUCGAUGGUCUUUCAGAGACAAAGUUCGGGAAGGAUAUUUCGAAAUACACCAAGGCCGACGAAGAAGGACUCGUAAAGGGGCACCGCGACGAUCAUAUUACCCGAGACGUCACUUUUGGUGAGCUGUAUGACCGAAAGAUUAUGUCGACGCUGGUUCCGCUCGAGGAGUAUGUCUUUGAUCGUUGGCAUUACAAACGCAUCAUCACGAUAGGAGAUUCGGCUCACAAGAUUGAUCCGGCAUCUGGCCAAGGUGGGAACGGAGCCAUGGAGUCUGCAGCACUGCUCGUCAAUGCUCUGGUCUGUCAACUAAGACUCAGCCCUCAAGGCCUCUCGGACUCUCAGAUAGACUCUGCGCUGUCAGAGGUCCACAAACUCCGCUACGAGCGUGCCAAGCGUCUAGUUGAGCAAGCACAUUCACUUCAAAUGAUGAUCAGCCAGCGGUUCCCGUUCGCUCGCUUCAUCUUCAAGCAUCUUGUUUCACUCUUUGGUCAAGACGCUUUCAUCGACAUUGUCACCCCGAUCUGCUGCGAAGCCACAAGGAUCCAAGGUAUUCCUGUUCCAAAACGACCUCACUUUGUCCCGUUUGAGGACGAAUUACCUGCAAAGCCCAUCAAGGGCGGGCUUGUCAGACGAGUCCCGUGGGUUCUCGCCACCGGCACUCUUGGGUUGUCGCUCUUUGCUGCGCUCAAAAACAAGAACCUUGGAGCUGGAACGGGAGUGUUCUAUAGCACUCUUCAACAAUGGGGUGCUGGAGGCCUCUUGGCAAAGGUAGUUGGCGAGAGCUCGGCGGCAGGCCUAGCUAAUUUGAUCCCCGUUCUCUCUACGUGGCUUAUCGAAGGUUCUCGGCGUGGAAACUCACUAAACCCCUUGUCAUGGACAACGGUCUACUCGCUCAUAUACUCACUCAUCGGUCCGAGCUCAGUGCUACCAUUCUUCUGUCUGUCGUCUGUCCUCUUCUCCACCAAGUCCACCAUCAACAGACCUGUCGACCCCAAGAUCGCCAAGUCCAUCGUUCCAGGCGUUCUCCUAGGCUAUGUGGCACCGACGGUGGCGGCGCUGUUGCCGAUCAGAGACGCCAAACUGAGGCACUAUGUCGGGAAACUUUGGCAGGCAUACCCACUACUUUGUACAGUAUUCACUGGAGGACUUGCUGCUAUCCGCAUCAAGACGAACAACAGCGAACAACCGGAAUCCGACACCAAGGUUGAAGACAGACCAAUCAAUUAUGCCCCCCCAUCCGAACUUCAACUGUAUAAGAACGAGGACGUAGCGCCCCUCAAGUUCUCCCAUGGCUUUGCACUUGCUCUUGCUUUGGCUGUUCCCGUCAUCACGAGAGCCAUAUCAUCCCCCGACUGGACGCUGUCGGCCAUAUCACAAGUAGCACCAUUCGGUCCAAACACAUAUAUCAUAAGCGCAGCCUCGGGCCUGGCAUACUCUCUGUACGCCGUCUGGGAACUACGCUCACUUGGCUUCGUGAGAACAAAGCAGGCUGUGCUGGGAGGCUUGGCUUCGCUUGGUGCUUUGGGACUGGCUGGGCCUGGGGCCAUGAUUGCGGGUAUUGAUUAUUGGCGCGAACAUGUCAUCUCCAGCUUGAGCCCUGAGACUGAGCUGUCAUAA